GGAGUGCUACUGCAGCUGUGAGCUGUCGCCCAGCGUUUCUCGGGAGGGAAGAGUUGGGGAGGCUCUGGCAGCUUGGGAAACGCUAUAACUUUAAAGUCACUGAUUUGCAGGAGGACGCUAAGUGGAAUACCAGUUUGGGAUCCUAGUACAUGGAAAGUAAGCCCCUUAUAUUCUGUAAGGGCACUCGGAAUACUACAAGAACCGUCUUGGUCAGACCCACUAAAAGUGUUCUAUGAUGGACGCUGACGAGUUUGAGGAUGAGUAUGAGGAAGAAGAGUUUUAUGAGGAGGGUUCGACGGUCAUCACUACCACCACCACCACCUCCUCCUUCAGCUCACAGCAAAAAAAGGUCAAUGAGCCCGGACCUGGGGGACUUCCUGCCCGCAGGGUUAGGAAGAAGGUUAAGGUGGACACGUCCAAAUUCAUGACCCCUUAUCUGGCACACAGUCAGAAGAUGCUCGACCAGUACAGUCAUAACAAAUACAGGGAGGCGUAUGAGAAGGCCAAGGGACAGCCUUAUAACAUUUCUGCCGACACACCUGAGAUGAUUCGCAUCAAGAAAGCCCAGGAGCAGCUCAGUGAGGUGAAAUAUCGUAUGGAGGGGCUAAAGGCUAAGACCACCAGUCUUUACGAUGGUGAAGCUCGUGAGGUUGCACAUGUGAAGCAUGUCUCUGAUCUUGUCAGCAAAGUUCUGUACAGACAGAAGUGGGAUGAGACUAAGGACAAGUAUCUACUGCCUCCUGAUGCCCCUGAGUUGGUUUUGGCUGUGAAGAAUGCUGCUAAUUACAGCAAGAAACUAUACACAGAGGCAUGGGAUGAGGACAAGGUCAUGUACUACCCAUACAGUGACAGCCCAGAGCUCCGCAGAGUGGCCAAGGCCCAGGAAGUCCUCAGUGAUGUCAAGUACAAGAAGGGUCAUGAUGAACGCAAAGCAAAGUACACAUCCCUGGCUGAUCCUCCAGAAGUGGAGAUGGCCAAGAAAAACUUUGCUAUUCGUAGCAAUCUGAAAUAUCACGAGGAUUAUAACAAGAACGUGAAGGGCAAGUGGUGUGAAACCCCGUACUUCGACGUUGCUGUUGGCAGAAUGGUCAUGGAAAAUAUAAGUGAAAAAAAAUAUACUUCUGCUUAUGAAGACAUGAAAGACCAAAUUUAUUUCAUGCAAACAGACACGCCGACCUACGCUUCAAACAAAAAGGCUCGUCAACACGCAAGCACGGUCCAGUACAAGAAGAGCUAUGAACAAACAAAAGCAUCGUCAGACUACAACGUUCUCCCUGCGACAGACAACCCCCUCCUGAGACAACUAAGAUACGCUGGCACCAUCUUGAGCGAUAAAGUCUACAAAGCAAACUAUGAAAAAUCAAGAGGAUCCAGCAUUAAUUACUGUGACACCCCCAAGUUCAAGAUGGACAACAUUCUCAAAAAGUUUAGUGAUGUGCACUACAAAGAGAAGUAUGAAAAUGAGGUCAAGGGUCACUAUGUUGGCAGUUAUGAAGAUGUGUUCACGGUUCACUGCCAGAAGAUUGAGGAGUUAAAGAGUGACAAAUUGUAUAAAGCUGAUUACGACGAUAUGAAGUCUAGAUGCUACUUUCCUCAAACAAUCACUCCUGAAUACGAAGCAGUUAAAAAAGUGGGACAGUGUAAAGAUAAAUUAUAUCGGCAACAUCCGGACACAGUGAAGUUUACACAAGUUACAGACUCACCUGUCCAAGUACAGGCCGCUAUCAACGCCAAACAACUAAGUGAUCUGAACUACAAGGCAAAGUAUGAACAAGAGAAGUUCAAAUGUUACCUGCCUCCUGACUAUCCAUUCUUCAUUCAGUCUCGAGUUAACGCUUAUAACCUAAGUGAUACCUGUUACAAGUUUGAAUGGGAAAAGACAAAAGCGAAAAAGUUUGAGGUGAAGGGAGACGCUAUCGCCAUCCUUGCAGCUCGCGCCCACACCAACAUCGCCAGUGAUGUGAAAUAUAAGAAGGACUAUGAAAAGACCAAAGGACACAUGGUUGGCGCUCUCAGUAUUAAAGACGACCCAAAGAUUAUGCACUCAGUUCAUGUUGCAAAGAUUCAGAGUGAGCGUGAGUAUAAGAAAGACUAUGAAAAACUGAAGACCAAGUACCAUGCCCCACUGGAUAUGAUGCUUGUUACAUUAGCAAAGAAGUCUCAGGCUAUUGCCAGCAUGAGAGGCUACAAAAACAUCCCCAACCGCUACAUGCUACCAUACGACAGCUUGGCACUGGACCUGGCAAAGAGAGCCAACAUCCUCCAGAGCGAUAAUGAAUAUAAAUCAGAAUACAACAGCUACACUAAAGGAUCUCCUUGGGUGCCUUAUGGAUCAAUGGACGUUGAGAAUGCCAAGAAAGCUGGACAGAUCCUGAGCGAGAAAAAGUACAGGCAGGCCCCAGACACAGUGCCAUUCACUGCUAUUGAUGACCACCCCAUCCAGCUGCAGGCUAAGGUCAACCAGCUCAUCAGAAGUGAUCUGCAUUACAAGAAAGGACUUGAGGAAAUCCAUCAAAAAUACUCUCUGCCUCCUGAUGUCCCAGGAUUCAUCCAGGCCAAGUGCAAUGCCUACAACAUCAGCAACAAAUAUUACAAAGUUGGAUGGGAGGACAUUAUUGCAAAGGGUUAUGAUUUGAAACCCGAUGCUAUCCCCAUUCGCGCAGCCAAGGCAGCAAGACAUGCAGCCAGUGAUGUCCAAUACAAGAAAGAGUAUAUUAAGGCGAGAGGCCACCACGUCGGCUUCCGUAGUCUUCAGGACGACCCACUGCUGGUGCACUACAUGCAGGUUGCUAAAAUCCAGAGCGACAAGAACUACAAGAAGGACUAUCACAAGGCUAAACUGAAGUACCACACCCCUGUGGACAUGCUGAGUGUUGCGCAGGCUAAGCACGCAUCUGCAGUCCAGACCUUUGCUGGAUACAAGCAGCCUCUCCAUCACUACACUCUUCUGCCUGACGCCAUGAACCUGCAGCUGGCCCGUACCAUGAAUGACCUCUCUAGUGACUACAACUACAAAUCAGACUAUGAAGGCUCUGUGAAAGGCAUAGGCUGGGUGCCCAUUGGCUCACUGGAUGUGGAGAAAGCUAAGACUGCUGCCCGUGCUCUUGAUGAGAAGAAGUAUAGGCAGCACCCAGAUACCAUCAAGUUCACCAGCGUCUCAGACACCCCAGUUAUGGAGCAGGCGAAACUCAACGCACAGCAGCUAAGUGAUAGACUGUACAAAGCCAGUGGAGAAAAAUUCAUGCACACCUACCAUCUGCCUGCUGACACACCAGAGCUCCUGCAAGCCAAAUUCAAUUCAGUUAAUGUCAGCAAGACCUACUACACAUACGCACACAAGCAGGAUCUUCUGAAAGGACACCAGAUGAAGCAGGAUGCAAUUCCAAUCCUUGCUGCCAAGUCUUCAAGAGAUAUUGCCAGUGAUUUCAAGUAUAAGCUGGCAUACCAGAAGGCUAGAGGCCACCACGUUGGCUUCCGUAAUAUUAAGGACGAUCCGCUGCUGGUGCACUACAUGCAGGUGGCCAAAAUGCAGAGCGACAAGAACUACAAGAAGGACUAUCACAAGGCUAAGCUGAAGUACCACACCCCUGUAGACAUGCUGAGUGUUGUUCAGGCCAAGCAUGCAUCUACAGUUCAGACAUUUGCAGGCUACAAAAAACCCCUCCAUCACUACACUCUGCUUCCUGAUGCCAUGCACAUUGAUCUUGCUCGCACAAUGAUGGAAAUUCAGAGUGAUAAUGCCUACAAGUCAGAAUAUAACAACGUCUACAAGGGAGCAGGCUGGGUUCCUAUUGGUUCUAUUGAUGUUGAGAAAGCCAAGAUGGCCAAAGCCGCUCUUGAUGAGAAGUCCUACAGGGUCCACCCCAGCACUUUGAAGUUCACCAGUCUGACAGACCAGAUGAACAUGGUCUUAGCCAUGAAUAAUUCUAAGCAGACCAAUCCUGCUGCUUAUAAAGCUUCUGGAGAGAAGUUCAUGCACACCUACCACUUACCAGCAGACAGCCCACAGUUCCUGCAGGCCAAGUUUAAUGCCCAGACUGUUAGUGAGUCACACUACAAAUCCCAGUGGAUUGCCGACAUUGCCAAAGGAUAUGACAUGAAAGCUGAUGCUAUUCCUAUUAUUGCUGCCAAACAAGGAAGACACAUUGCUAGUAAUUUCCAAUACAAGAAAGAUUAUGAGAAGGCUAGAGGCCACCAUGUCGGCUUCCGCAGCAUUCAGGACGACCCACUGCUGGUGCACUACAUGCAAGUGGCAAAGCUGCAGAGCGACAAGAACUACAAGAAGGACUAUCACAAGGCUAAGCUGCAGUAUCACACCCCUGUGGACAUGCUGAGUGUUGUACAGGCCAAGCAUGCAUCUGCAGUUCAGACAUUUGCAGGGUACAAAAAAACCCUCCAUCACUACACCCUGCUUCCUGAUGCCAUGCAGCUGGAGUUAGCUCGCAAUAUGAAUUCUUCUUCUAGUGAUGUUGAGUACAAGAGUGAUUACAAUGCCUCUAUGAAAGGAAUGGGAUGGGUUCCCAUCGGUUCAUUGUCAGUGGAGACGGCAAAGGUUGGAGGUCAGAUUCUGAGUGAGCACAGAUACCGCUCUCAUCCCUCCAAAUACAAAUUCCACAAGCAUAUGGACUCCAUGGACCUGGCCCUCGCCACAGCCAACAACCAGAUCAUGAACAAGCAAUCAUAUACUGCAGCCUGGAACAAGGACAAACUCAAAGUUCAUGUGAUGCCUGACAUCCCUGAAAUUGUCCUUGCCAAGGCCAAUGCAUUGAAUAUGAGCCAGAAACUCUACAAAGCUGGCCUUGAGGAAAUGAGCAGGAAGGGUUAUAACCUCAAAGGUGAUGCUAUUGCAAUUGUGGCUGCCAAAUCUGGAAGACAUAUUGCUAGUAACUUCCAAUAUAAGAAAGAAUAUGAGAAGGCUAGAGGCCACCACGUCGGCUUCCGUAAUAUUAAGGACGAUCCACUGCUGGUGCACUACAUGGAGGUGGCCAAAAUACAGAGUGAUAGGAAUUACAAGAAGGACUAUCACAAGGCUAAACUGAAGUACCACACCCCUGUGGACAUGCUGAGUGUUGUACAGGCCAAGCAUGCAUCUGCAGUUCAGACAUUUGCAGGGUACAAAAAACCCCUCCAUCACUACACCCUGCUCCCUGAUGCCAUGCAGCUGGAGUUGGCUCGCAAUAUGAAUGCUGCCUCUAGUGAUGUUGAGUACAAGAGUGAUUACAAUGCCUCUAUGAAAGGAAUGGGAUGGGUUCCCAUCGGCUCACUCUCAGUGGAGACCGCAAAGGUUGGAGGUCAGAUUCUGAGUGAGCACAGAUACCGCUCUCAUCCCUCCAAAUACAAAUUCCACAAGCAUAUGGACUCCAUGGACCUGGCCCUCGCCACAGCCAACAACCAGAUCAUGAACAAGCAAGCAUAUACAGCUGCUUGGAACAAGGACAAACUCAAUAUCCACGUUAUGCCUGACAGUCCAGAGAUUAUUCUGGCAAAGGCCAAUGCCAUCACAAUGAGUCAGAAAGCCUACAAAGCUGGAAUGGAAGCUGCUAAAAAGAAGGGUUAUGACCUCAAAGCUGAUGCCAUUUCUGUAAUCGCUGCCAAAACUUCAACACGCAUUGCCAGCGAUUACAAGUAUAAACUGGAGUAUGUGAAGGCUAGAGGCCACCACGUCGGCUUCCGCAGCAUUAAGGACGAUCCUUUGCUGGUGCACUACAUGGAGGUGGCAAAGAUGCAAAGUGACAAGAACUACAAGAAGGACUAUCACAAGGCUAAGCUGAAGUACCACACCCCUGUAGACAUGCUGAGUGUUGUACAGGCCAAGCAUGCAUCUGCAGUACAGACCUAUGCUGGCUACAGGCAGCACGUUAGUCACUACAAAGUUCUGCCUGAUGCAAUGAACCUGGAACUGGCUCGCAACAUGCAGAUGAUUGCCAGUGAUAACAUCUAUAAGAGUGAGUACAAUAGCUACAUAAAAGGAGUGGGCUGGGUUCCUAUUGGUUCACUGGACGUGGAAAAGGCAAAGACAGCCAGUCGUAUAGGCAGUGAAAAACUCUACCGUACACAUCCUAGCAACUAUAAAUUCACCAAAAAUAUGGAUUCCAUGGACCUGGUUCUAGCUGCAGCCAAUAAUCAGAUCAAUAACAAGAAAGCAUAUUUCCAAGCUUGGGACAACGACAAGACCACAAUCCAUAUCAUGCCAGAUGCAAUGGAUGUGGCUCUUGCAAGACAGAAUAAGGUCAUCUACAGCGAGAAACAAUACAAACUUGCCAAUGAACUGUCGAAGAAGAAAGGAUAUGACCUACGCAAUGAUGCCAUUUCUGUUAAAGCUGCUAAAGCUUCCCGAGAUAUUGCCAGUGAUUACAAGUACAAAGCUGGAUAUCGUAAGCAAGUUGGUCACCACAUUGGAGCCAGAUGCAUCCAGGAUGACCCACUUCUCAUGCUGGCCUUGAACUCGGCUAAGAUUGCCAGUGAUGCUCUGUACAAGAAGGACUUCAACAAAUCCAAGACCAAGUUCCAUCUCCCAGUAGACAUGCUGGCAUUUGAGCUGGCAAAGAAGAAUCAGAUCCAGGUCAAUGAUGCCAUCUACAGAACCUACCUGCACAACUGGACCUGCCUGCCAGACUCCAACGAUGUCGUCCAGGCCAGACAGGCCUAUGACCUUCAGAGUGAUGCUGUGUAUAAGGCUGACCUGAAAUGGCUGCAAGGUCUGGGAUGGGUUCCCAUUGGUUCAAUUGAUGUAGAGAAAGUGAAGAAGGCUGGAGAGGCCCUCAGUGAAAAACGUUAUCGUCAGCACCCAAGCAACUUCAAGUUCACCAGCACAACUCAAGAUAUGGGAAUGGUCUUGGCUAAAGCCAAUGCUGAUAUCAUGAACAAGAAAACUUAUGUCCAAGCUUGGGACAAUGAUAAGACCAAGAUCCAUAUGAUGCCAGAUGCAAUGGACGUGGCUCUUGCUAGACAGAAUAAGGUCAUCUACAGCGAGAAACAAUACAAACUUGCCAAUGAACUGUCGAAGAAGAAAGGAUAUGACCUGCGCAAUGAUGCCAUUUCUGUUAAAGCUGCUAAAGCUUCCCGGGAUAUUGCCAGUGAUUACAAGUACAAAGCUGGAUAUCGUAAGCAAGUUGGUCACCACAUUGGAGCCCUGAGUGUCCAGGAUGACCCACUGCUCAUGCUGGCCUUGAACUCGGCUAAGAUUGCCAGUGAUGCUCUGUACAAGAAGGACUUCAACAAAUCCAAGACCAAGUUCCAUCUCCCAGUAGACAUGCUGGCAUUUGAACUGGCAAAGAAGAAUCAGAUCCAGGUCAAUGAUGCCAUCUACAGAACCUACCUGCACAACUGGACCUGCCUGCCAGACUCCAACGAUGUCGUCCAGGCCAGACAGGUCUAUGACCUCCAGAGUGAUGCUGUGUAUAAGGCUGACCUGAAAUGGCUGCAAGGUCUGGGAUGGGUUCCCAUUGGUUCGCUUGAUGUAGAGAAAGUGAAGAAGGCUGGAGAGGCCCUUAGUGAAAAACGCUAUCGUCAGCACCCAAGCAACUUCAAGUUCACCAGCACAACUCAAGAUAUGGGAUUGGUCUUGGCUAAAGCCAAUGCUGAUAUUAUGAACAAGAAAACAUAUGUCCAAGCUUGGGAGAAUGACAAGACAAAGAUCCAUGUCAUGCCUGAUGCAAUAGAGGUGGUCCAUGCAAAACAGAACAAGGUCAACUACAGUGAAAAAUUAUACAAACUUGCCAAUGAAGAGGCUAAGAAGAAGGGCUAUGAUUUGCGUGGUGAUGCUAUUUCUAUCAAAGCAGCCAAGGCUUCCAGAGACAUUGCCAGUGAUUUCAAGUACAAAGCUGGCUAUCGUAAGCAAGUUGGUCACCACAUUGGAGCCCUGAGUGUCCAGGAUGACCCACUGCUCAUGCUGGCCUUAAACUCGGCUAAGAUUGCCAGUGAUGCACUGUACAAGAAGGACUUCAACAAAUCCAAGACCAAGUUCAAUCUGCCUGUGGACAUGCUGGCAUUUGAACUGGCAAAGAAGAAUCAGAUCCAGGUCAAUGAUGCCAACUACAGAACCUACCUGCACAACUGGACCUGCCUGCCAGACUCCAACGAUGUCGUCCAGGCCAGACAGGUCUAUGACCUCCAGAGUGAUGCUGUGUAUAAGGCUGAUCUGAAAUGGCUGCAAGGUCUGGGAUGGGUUCCCAUUGGUUCAAUUGAUGUAGAGAAAGUGAAGAAGGCUGGAGAGGCCCUUAGUGAAAAACGCUAUCGUCAGCACCCAAGCACCUUUAAGUUCACCAGCACAACUCAAGAUAUGGGAAUGGUCUUGGCUAAAGCCAAUGCUGAUAUCAUGAACAAGAAAACAUAUGUCCAAGCUUGGGAGAAUGACAAGACAAAGAUCCAUGUCAUGCCUGAUGCAAUGGAGGUGGUCCAUGCAAAACAGAACAAGGUCAACUACAGUGAGAAAUUAUACAAGCUUGCCAAUGAAGAGGCUAAAAAGAAGGGCUACGAUUUGCGUGGUGAUGCUAUUUCUAUCAAAGCAGCUAAGGCUUCCAGAGACAUCGCCAGUGAUUACAAGUACAAGACUGGAUAUCGUAAGCAAGUUGGUCACCACAUUGGAGCCAGAUGCGUUCAGGAUGAUCCACUGCUCGUGCUGGCCUUGAACUCGGCUAAGAUUGCCAGUGAUGCUCUGUACAAGAAGGACUUCAACAAAUCUAAGACCAAGUUCAAUCUCCCAGUAGACAUGCUGGCAUUUGAACUGGCAAAGAAGAACCAGAUCCAAGUCAAUGAUGCCAACUACAGAACCUACCUGCACAACUGGACCUGCCUGCCAGACUCCAACGAUGUCGUCCAGGCCAGACAGGUCUAUGACCUCCAGAGUGACGCUGUGUAUAAGGCUGAUCUGAAAUGGCUGCAAGGUCUGGGGUGGGUUCCCAUUGGUUCAAUUGAUGUAGAGAAAGUGAAGAAGGCUGGUCAGGCUCUCAGUGAGAGACUUUAUCGUCAGCACCCAAGCAACUUCAAGUUCACCAGCACAACUCAAGAUAUGGGAUUGGUCUUGGCUAAAGCCAAUGCUGACAUUGGAAAUAAGAAACGUUACACUGAAAACUGGGAAAAGGAAAAGACCAAGAUUCACAUUAUGCCUGAUGCUAUGGAUAUUUUGCUAGCAAAACAGAACAAUGUUAAUUACAGUGAGAAACGCUACAAACUUGCCAAUGAAGAAGCCAAGAAAAAGGGUUAUGACCUUCGUGGUGAUGCUAUUUCUAUCAAAGCUGCCAAGUUAUCUAGAGACAUCGCCAGUGAUUACAAGUACAAAACUGGAUAUCGUAAGCAAGUUGGUCACCACAUUGGAGCCCUGAGUGUCCAGGAUGACCCACUGCUCAUGCUGGCCUUGAACUCGGCUAAGAUUGCCAGUGAUGCACUGUACAAGAAGGACUUCAACAAAUCCAAGACCAAGUUCAAUCUGCCUGUGGACAUGCUGGCAUUUGAACUGGCAAAGAAGAAUCAGAUCCAGGUCAAUGAUGCCAACUACAGAACCUACCUGCACAACUGGACCUGCCUGCCAGACUCCAACGAUGUCGUCCAGGCCAGGAAGGUGUAUGAUCUGCGCAGUGAUGCUGUGUAUAAACAAGACCUUGAGGAAUUGAAAGGCGUUGGAUGGGUGCCAAUUGGUUCAGUGGAUGUUUUAAAAGCCAAGAAAGCAGGAGAGAUCCUCAACGAUCGCCUCUACAGGCAGAAACCAGACUCUUUUAAAUUUAAACAAGAUAUGCAGUCCAUGCCCUUGGUCCUGGCAAAGGCAAAUGCUGAUAUCAUGAACCAGCGUCAGUACAUUUCCGCCUGGGAGGCUGAUAAGGUGAAGAUCCAUAUUAACCCAGAUACUCCAGAAAUCCUCCUCUCUAAGGCCAAUGCUAUUACCAACAGCCGGAAACUUUACAGGUCAGAAGUUGAGGAGGGCUUCAAGAAAGGGUAUCACCUUAAAUCUGAUGCUGUUGCCAUAAAAGCUGCCAAAGCAUCCAGGGAUAUUAUUAGUGAUUACAAGUACAAGACUGGAUACCGCAAGCAGGUUGGGCACCAUAUUGGAGCCAGAUGUGUCAAAGAUGAUCCACUGAUCAUGCUGGCCUUGAACUCGGCUAAGAUCGCCAGUGAUGCACUGUACAAGAAGGACUUCAACAAAUCCAAGACCAAGUUCAAUCUGCCUGCGGACAUGCUGAACCUUGAACUGGCCAAGAAGUGCCAGAAACAAGUCAAUGAUGCCAAUUACAGAACCUACCUGCACAACUGGACCUGCCUGCCAGACUCCAACGAUGUGGUCCAGGCCAGGAAGGUUUAUGACCUGCGCAGUGAUGCUGUGUACAAAGCUGAUAUGGAAUGGAUCAGAGGUAUGGGCUGGGUUCCUAUUGGUUCUGUGGAUGUAGAGAAGGUGAAAAAGGCUGGUGAAAUCCUGAGCGAGAGGAAAUAUCGUCAACAUCCCAGCAACUUCAAGUUUACCAGCAAAACAGACUCUGUCCCCCUGGCUCUUGCCAAGGCUAAUGCUCAGAUUAUGGACCAGAAAGCUUACAUUGAUGCCUGGAAUAAGGACAAAAUCAAUAUCCACAUCAUGCCAGAUACACCUGAGAUCGUAUUGGGCAGACAGAACAAAAUAAACAAUAGCAUUAAACAAUACCGUCAAGCCUUCAUUGAUGGUAUUAAUAAAGGUUACUUCCUGCCAAAAGAUGCGAUUGCAGUUAAAGCUGCCAAGGCCUCCCGGGACAUUAUCAGUGAUUAUAAGUACAAAGCCGGCUACAGAAAACAACAGGGCCAUCACAUUGGAGCCCGAUGUGUUGCGGAGGACCCACUGACCGUGCUGGCCUUGCACUCGGGUAAGAUUGCUAGUGAUGUCCUGUACAAGAAGGACUUCAACAAAUCCAAGACCAAGUUCAAUCUGCCUGUGGACAUGCUGAACCUUGAACUGGCCAAGAAGUGCCAGAAACAAGUCAAUGAUGCCAAUUACAGAACCUACCUGCACAACUGGACCUGCCUGCCAGACUCCAACGAUGUGGUCCAGGCCAGGAAAGUGUAUGAUCUGCGCAGUGAUGCUGUAUACAAGGCUGACCUAGAGUGGCUGCGUGGAUGUGGCUGGAUGCCACAAGGCUCCAUUGACGUUCUCAAAGUGAAGAACGCCCAGAAAAUCCUCAACGACAAACUGUACAAACAACAUCCUAGCACUGUUCCAUUCACCAGUGCAGUAGACCUGCCUGUCAUUGUUCUGGCCAAGCAGAAUGCACAUAUCCUCAGUGAUAGAAAAUACAGAGAGGCCUGGGAUAAAGACAAAACAACCAUCCACAUGAACCCAGACACACCAGCAGUUGUUCUUUCUAAGGCUAAUGCUAUUGCCGUCAGCAAUAAACUGUACACCAAAGACUGGGACUCUCAAAAAGCAAAAGCAUUCCAGAUCAAAGAGGAUGCCGUCGCUGUUUUGAAGGCUAGAGCUUCAAGAGACAUCGCUAGUGACUACAAGUACAAGGAAGGCUACCGUAAGCAAGUUGGGCACCAUAUUGGAGCCAGAUGUGUCAGAGAUGACCCACUGAUCAUGCUGGCCAUGAACUCGGCUAAGAUUGCCAGUGAUGCUCUGUACAAGAAGGACUUCAACAAAUCCAAGACCAAGUUUAAUCUGCCUGUGGACAUGCUGAACCUUGAACUGGCCAAGAAGUGCCAGAAACAAGUCAAUGAUGCCAAUUACAGAACCUACCUGCACAACUGGACCUGCCUGCCGGACUCCAACGAUGUCGUCCAAGCCAGGAAAGUGUAUGAUCUGCGCAGCGACGCCGUGUACAGAUCUGAUCUGGAAUGGCUGAGAGGAUGUGGCUGGAGCCCCCAUGACUGCGUAGACGUCAAGAAAGUCAAGCAUGCCCAGCAGGUCCUGGCUGAAAGAGGCUACCGUGUAAAACUGGAUAAACAGAAGUACACUACUCCUAUUGACAGAGUUGACAUUGUGUGUGCUAAGAAUGCUGCUACUGUGCUCGAUGAGGCAAGCUACCGUGAGGCAUGGCACCGGGAUAAGACCAAGUACUCUUUGAAGGACACCCCAAUUCUGGCAACAGCCAGAGAGGUGGCCAAGAAUACUCAUCCAAAACUCUACACCAAGGACUGGGACAAGAUAAAGGCUACCUCAUACUUCAUGCCUGGAGACGCUGUACCCAUUAAACAGUGCAUCAGCACCACUAAAGUGCAGAGUGGUCACAAGUACAAGGAAGGCUACCGUAGGCAAGUUGGUCAUCACAUUGGUGCCCGAAGCAUCCAGGAUGACCCACUUAUGAUGCUGGCUGUGAACUCUGCUAAGAUUGCCAGUGAUGCACUGUACAAGAAGGACUUCAACAAAUCCAAGACCAAGUUCAAUCUGCCUGUGGACAUGCUGGCCUUUGAACUGGCCAAGAAAUGUCAGAAGCAGGUCAAUGAUGAUAACUACAGAACUUACCUGCACAACUGGACCUGCCUGCCCGAUCAGAAUGAUGUUAUUCAAGCCCGCAAAGUCUAUGAUCUCUGCAGUGAUAAUGUCUACAAGGCAGACUUGGAAUGGAUCCGUGGCUGUGGAUGGAUAGCAGCUGAUUCUGUUGACCAUGUCAAAGUGAAGAAAGCUCAGAAGAUCCUUAAUGACAGAUUUUACAAGAAAGAUGCCACAGAAAACUUUGCCAAGUUCACCCAUGUUGUGGAUCGUCCUGAAAUUGCCUUAGCCAAGGUCAAUGCUUUCAACCUCAGCGAUCUGAAGUAUAAAGAAUCCUUCAACCUGGAGAAGGGUCACUACAUUGGUUCUGAAGAUACACCACAGCUGGCCCACAGCAGGGAGUUUGCAAAGAACAUCAGUGAGAAACUGUAUAAACUCAGCUGGGAUGAAUCAAAGGCCACUGGUUAUCAGUUGAAUCAUCAGUAUAUGCCACUUACAGUAGCCAAGAAGAGCAGAGACAUUGUCAGCGAUGUUAAGUACCACGACGCCCAUGAAAAAGCCAAGGGUCAUUACUUGGCAGGCACUCUGGUUGACUUCCCUGAUGUAGUCCACUAUGGCAAGAUUGAAAAGAUGAAGAACUUGAGAGACUACCACAAGGAUUACAAUACAACCAAGACAAAACUACACAUUCCAGCAGACAUGAUCAGCCAUGUGGUUGCCAAAAAAUGCCAAGACAUCCUGAGUGAAGUGCAGUACCGUACCUACCUGCACCAGUGGACGUGCCACCCUGACCAGGAUGAUGCUAUCCGCGCUCGCAAGGCCAACGAGAUCCUGAGCGACGUGUUCUACAAAGAUGAUCUGAACUGGAUGAAGGGCAUUGGCUGCUAUGUGUGGGACACUCCUGAAAUUGUGCGCGCCAAGAAGUCAUACGAGCUCCAGAGUGACAUCAAGUACAAGGCAGAGGGUAAGAAGGAGUUCAAUAACUACUCCAUUGUGACAGACACCCCUGUGUACGUGACUGCUAUCCUGGGCCACACCUGGGCUAGCGAGCUGAACUACAGAGAAGCUUAUCACAAAGAGAAGCACUUAUACACCACUGUUCUGGACACCUAUGACUACGCAAGAUGCUACAACCUGAAGCAGCUUUACAGCACCAAAUCAUACUCAGCUGUCUGGGACAGAAUCAAGGCCAAGAGCUAUAGCAUCCCUCACGACUCCCAUGCUUUGGUCCAUGCCAAACAGCAGAAGGUCGUCCUGAGCAACGUGAAAUACAAGGAGGAUUAUGAGAAGUUUAAGGCCCUCUACACUCUGCCUAAGUGCCUGGCUGACGACCCAGCAACUGCCAGAUGCAUCAAGGCUGGUAAACUCAACCUGGAUCGUCUGUACAGAGAUAAGUGGGAGAAGACCAAAGCCAAAAUCCACGUGCCUCCUGACAUGCUGGAUGUGGUGGCUUCCCGCAACACACAGAAAAUGAUUAGUGAAAUUGAUUACCGCAAAUACCUGCACCAGUGGAUCUGCAUGCCUGACAUGCAGGUCUAUGUGCAUGCCCGCAAGGUCAACGAGCAGCUGAGUGAUAUCUUCUACAAAGAUGACAUGAACUGGCUGAAGGGAAUUGGCUGUUAUGUUUGGGACACUCCUGAGAUUCUGCGCUGCAAGCAAGCCAUGAAGCUGCAGAGUGAGAAUCUGUACAGAACAAAAGGAGUUGAGCAUUUCAAGGACUACUCUGUUGUAAUGGAAACUCCUGUGUAUGAGACAUGUAAGCUGAGUGCCCAGAACCUGAGUGAGCUGAACUAUCGCAAUGACUACGUUACCAACGUGAGGGGUAAAAACACUGCUCCUGCUGUGACAGUGGAUACUGAAAGGGCUCGCAUGGCCAACUACAUCCAGAGUGACAACAUUUACAAAGAAGCCAACAAGAGCUUUAUGCCCACCGGCUACUCUCUUCCUCAUGACACACCACUUAUCAAACAGGCCAAGGCCACCAGCAUCAUCUGUAGCAACGUCAAGUACAAGGAAGCUUAUGAACUGAUGAAGGCCAAGAACUAUCAACUGGACCCCAAUGGUGUCAACUUUGUCACCAUCAGAAAGGCCAACAAGAUCACCAAUGAUCGUCUGUACCGUGCCAAGUAUGAGAAAGAAAAGGACAAGAUUCACUCUGUGUACGACACUCCUGAGAUCAAACAGGUUAAGGCAACCCAGGAGGCCAUCAGUGAUGUCUGCUAUAAGGAGAAGUACUACAGCAGCAGAGGAACACUGCUGCCCAUGCCCAUCACUCCACAGCUGAUGCACUGCUUCCACGUCAAUGAGCUCAACAGCGAUCUGAAAUACAAAGAGGAUCUGCAGUGGCUGAGAGGUAUUGGUUGCUUUGUCUUUAACUCCCCUGAAAUGGUCCGCAUCCGCGAAAUCAACAAAUUUAGGGCUUCCUAUGAUGUUGAGGCCAAGAAGAACUUUGCCAACUUCUCUGUGGUCCUGGACACCCCUGAGUACCAGCGUGUGUCUGAGCUGAAGACCCACAUUAGUGAUCUGGUGUACAAAGCUGACGGCAAUGUACAGAAGACCAAGUGCACCACUAGUGCAGAUGCUUUAGACUUUAAGAGAGUCAAGUGGGCCCAGACCCUCACUAACAAGUGGUUGUACACUGGCCUCGCUUCCAAAGAGAGAGCCUUCUACACCCCAGAGUCGCACACCCCCUUGCUGGACCAUGCCAGAACAAUGAAAGUGGUGUACAGUGAGAACAAGUAUAAAGAACAGUAUGAGAAGAUGAAGCACAGGUACACUGCUAUUCAUGACACACCUAUCCUGGUGCGCGCCAAAAAGGCCUACCUUAAUUCCAGUGAUCUACGCUACAAGGAGACCUUUGAGCUAGCCAAAGGACACUAUCACACUGUUAAGGAUGCCCUGGAUAUUGUUUGUGCCAAGCGUGUCAGAGAUGACAUCAGUGAGGUUAAGUACAGGGAGAAGUACAUCAACACAUUGGGCACCUGGAAGUCCAUCCCAGACCGUCCUGAGUUCUUCCACAGCAGGAUCGUGAGAGACUGCAUCAGUGAUAUCAAAUACAAAGAGGAUCUUGACUGGCUGAAGGGUAUUGGCUGCUAUGUGUGGGACACACCAGUGUUGGUACAGGCUGAGCAAAACAAAACUCUCUACAGUGAGAGACUCUACAAAGCAACAUAUGAGAAGAACAGAGGCAACUUCAAAUACACAUGUGACACACCAUUCUUUGAGGCUGUCAAGGCUGCUGCAGUCCUUGCUAAUGAUAUCAAGUAUAGAUAUAGGGCCAAGGAGAUGCUUAGGAGUGGCUGCAAAGAGUUGCUCCGCCCUGACAUUCUCAAUGCCAUGUACAACUCCAAAAUGUGGAGUAAGUGGAGGUACAAGGAGCAGUAUGAGCGUCUCAAGUCGAAGUACACACCAGUGCUGGACACCCCUGAACACCAGGUCCACAAGCGCAGCAAGCAGAUCAGCGACAUCAUCUACAAGAUGGAGUACCACAAGAACAAGGCUAGAGGCUACACUCUUGGCCAUGACACUCCUCUCAAUCAACACAUGAAGAAGGUCAAGGAGAUCACCAGCAAUCUGAAGUAUAAGGAAGUGUACGAGAAAAGUAAAGCUCAGAUCAACAUGGCUCCUGAUGCCUACGACAUCCGUGCUGCCAAAGAAGCCUACAAGAACAUCAGCAAUCUUGAUUACAAAAAGAAGUAUGAAGCUACCAAGAACAAGUGGAUUUGGACCGUGGACAGACCAGACUUUGUUCAUGCUGCGAAGGUCAACUUCCAACAGAGUGAUAUUGAGUACAAGUAUGACAAAGAGAUGCUGAAGGGCUGUGUGAUGCCUGUCGCAGAUGAUAAGUACACACUUCUGGCCAAGAAGAACUCUGAGCUUGCCAGUGAUGUUAAAUACAAACAGAAGUAUCAGGAGGCCAAGGGUCAAUACCAGGCAGUCCAGGACACACCUCAGAUUCUCCACGCUAAAUCUGUGGCUAACCUGGUUUCUGAGAGCAAAUACAAGCAAGCCAGCAAAAAGGAGCUCCAGUCUGGCUCCUUCACCACUCUACCUCAGACCCGUGAGACAGCCCACAGCAAAGAGGUGGCCAAAAUCACAAGUAGUAAACUGUACAAGGAGAAGUUUGAGAAGGAAAAGGGCAAGUCUGAGUACAACAAUAUGACUGUACCCCCUGAUAUACAGCAUGCCAUGGAAGUAGCCAAGUGCCAGAGCAACUUUGCCUACAAGCAAGAAGCAAAGGCCAAACUGCACUACACCCCUGUUGCUGACCGUCCAGACAUCAGAAAGGCUACUCAAGCAGCCAAACUUAUCAGUGAGGUGGGCUAUCGUGAGAAGGCCCGUGAGGAAGCAAGCCGCGGAGGAUCUAUGUUGUACCGUCCUGACAUCACCUUGGCCACUGAAGUGUCUAAACUGACCAGCCAGGACGAGGAUAAGCCUUCCCUCCAUGGAGCUGCCUCCUAUGAUACUCCCCAGAUGCGGCACAUUAAGAAAAUGAGUGCCCUGACUAGUGAUGUGAAAUAUAAGGAGAAGUUUGACAAAGAGUUGAAAGGAAGGAAACCCCAGUAUGACUUAAAGAACAGUAAGAUUUACCAGACCCUGAAGGACGCCAGUGAACUUGCAAGUGAGGUGAAGUACAAGGGUGACCUGAAGAAGAUCCAUAAGCCUGUGACUGACAUGGCUGAGUCUUUGUCCAUGCAGCACAGUCUGAGUACCAGCAAGCUGUCCAGUGAUUACCAGUACAAGAAGAAAUUUGAGGAGAGUAAAGGUCACUACCACAUGAUCGCCGACACACCUGAGCAGCUUCAUCACAAAGAGGCAUCAGAGCUGCAGAGUCACGUGAAGUACAAGGAGAAAUAUGAGAGAGAAAAAGGCAGGGCCAUGCUGGACUUUGAAACUCCAACAUAUGUGAGCGCCAAGGAAGCACAGCAUUUGCAGAGCCAGAAAGAGUAUAAGAGGGAUUUUGAAGAGUACACAAAAGGAAAGAACCUCUCAGGCUUGGAGGUCACCCCUGCAAUGAUACAUGUCAGACAUGCAACCAAAAUUGCUAGUGAGAAAGAGUAUAGGAGGGAUCUAGAGGAAGGGGUGAAGGGUAAAGGUCUUACAGUUCUGGAGGAAACUCCUGAACUACUGAGAGCAAGAAAUGCUACUCAGAUCCUGAAUGAGAGAGAGUAUAAGAAGGCUUUGGAGCAUGAGAUUAAGGGCAAAGGAAUGUUGGCUUUGGCCACUGAUACCCCAGACUUCGUCAGAGCAAGAAAUGCCACGGAUAUCCUCAGCCAGAUUAAGUACAAGCAGAAUGCUGAGCACGACAGGGCCACCUACACCACUGUGAUUGACACACCAGACAUCAUUCAUGCUCAGCAGAUCAGAAACAUCGUGAGCCAGAAAAAAUACAAGGAGGAUGCAGAGAAGACCAUGUCUCACUAUGUGCCAGUUCUGGACACUCCCGAGAUGCAGAGAGUCCGUGAAAACCAGAAGAACUUCAGUACUCAACUGUACCAGGUUGACCUUAAAAAGAGUAAGGGCAAAGUUACAGCAGUACAGAACACCCCUGAAAUGCUUCGUGUUAAAGAAAAUACAAAGAAUUUCAGCUCGAUUCAGUACAAGGAGGAUUUGGGAAGCGGAACUGCUAUUUCAGAAACGCCUGAAAUGGAGAGAGUUAAACGCAAUCAGGAGGCUAUUAGCACGAUCAAAUACAAGGAUGAGUUAGGUCAUGGCAUAUCUAUACCAGACCUGCCUGAGGUGAAACGUGUGCGGGAGACUCAGAAGAAGAUAAGCUCGAUUCAUUACAAGGAAGAUUUAGGAGGAGGAACUGCUGUGUCAGAAACACCAGAGAUGGAGAGAGUCAAACGCAAUCAGCAAAAUAUUAGCACGAUAAAGUACAAAGACUCACUUGGGCGAUGCACAGCCAUACCGGACCUUCCUGAAGUGAGGCGAGUCCGAGAGACUCAGAAGAACAUCAGCUCGGUUUUAUAUAAAGACACAUCUGCCAAAGGAACCCCAGUGGUAUUCACUCCUGAGAUGGAGCGGGUCAAACGGAACCAAGAACACAUUAGCUCGGUGCUGUACUCAGACAGCUUCCGUAAGCAGGUGCAGGGCAAGGCAGCGUUUGUGCUGGACACCCCUGAAUUGAGACGUGUGAGGGAGACCCAGCGCAUCAUCUCUGGGGUGCAGUACCACCAGGACUUUGAGAAGCAAAAGGGCAGUUUCACUCCCACCACCAGUGACCCUGUGACUGACCGUGUGAAGAAAACCAUGCAGGACUUGAGUGACAUCAACUACCGUGGCAUUCAGAGACGUGUAGUAGAGAUGGAGAGGAGACGCGCUGUAGAACAUGACCAGGAGACCAUCGCCGACUUGCGUGUGUGGCGCACAAACCCCGGCUCUGUGUUUGACUAUGACCCUGCUGAGGACAACAUCCAAUCAAGAAGUCUGCACCUGAUGUCAGUUCAAGCCCAGCGCCGCAGUAAGGAGCACUCUCGCUCCACCAGCGCCAUGAGCGGAGUUGGAGACGAGAAAUCUGAAGUGUCUGAGACCGUGGACCACCACCUCUCCCUCUACAGCAACGGAUUCCCCACUACCACCACCAUAGGCUACCAGCACACUAAGACCAUAGAGCUUCAGCAGAGAUCAUCUUCUGUGGCCACUCAACAGACUACUGUGUCCUCUGUGCCCUCACAUCCAUCCACCACUGGAAAAACCGUACGUGCCAUGUAUGACUACUCUGCUGCCGACAACGACGAGGUGUCAUUCAAAGAUGGAGAUGUUAUAGUGAACGUGCAGUCCAUUGAUGAGGGCUGGAUGUACGGCACUGUGCAGCGUACUGGAAAGACCGGAAUGCUACCAGCCAACUAUGUGGAAGCAAUCUAAAGACACGUGGGAAGAGCAAGGCAUUCACUGGGCUAAAACACCUCAGGCAUUUAGUCAAGAAGCUUGUUUAUGAGUAGUUAAUGUUAGAGUAGUUAUGCCGCUGUUUGUCUGUAUUAAAACAUGCAAUUUUGUUCAAGUCCGUGUCGCCCCUUCUUCAGUGGAUGUGACGCAAGAAAACCGACAGAUAUUAUACAGUACUUAAGUAUUUAUGAUCGACCAUUGUAGAGUAUUUCUUUUAUGUUCCAAACCUAGCGUAACGAGUGAGCAAAUCAAAGCCCAUUAUUUUUGUAUAUUGCUGACAAAUAUCAGAUUCAGUCGACUUUAUGGAAAAAGGCUUCCCUGGAGUUUCCAGUGUUGAAACUUAUGCACAAGAAGCGUUGGGCUUACUUUCUGUACUCAUUUUUUGUGAAGGAAAAUAACAGAGGGGUCAGACAAACAUUACAAGGAUAGUCAAACUUGCAAACAUUGAGGUGACACCAUCAAUCUCUCAGAUGUGAAAAAAGUGUACUGAAAAGUUAUAAAGAAAACAAGCCUCUUCCCUCCUUGGCUGAAGGCUGAUCACAAGUUGCAUGUGUGUUUUGUUUCCUCAGAGAUCUAGGGUUAGUUAUAUACCUUGGCUCAGUAGUUAAUAAAGCACACCACGAUUCUGCAGUAAA